AUGCCACGACCGGCCCUGGUCAUUGAAGGUUCAAUUGAAGGUGAUCUCGAACCUCCUCAAAACUAUUACUCGCCGGCUGGACUGGAGUGGGCUGCUCAGCAGGUUAGAUCCCUGGGCUCACUGGACCCAAAGCCGGAAUGUUUCCGUGAAGGCUUUUGCGCCAAUUGCACUGAACUUUUCCGCAAUCGGGAGUUCAAGAAGCUUCAACAUCAGCCUGGACUUGCAAAGCUCCAUGAAUCAGUGGUGGGCGAUGGAUGCACAUUGUGCUCUGUUGUGCGUGACAGUUUGUACGGACGUAUCCUUCUGCACCAGUUGGAGCGACGUCUGGCUCGACGACAGCGCGAAGCGGAGUCCGACACUGACGACGAUGAGGAUGGCCCCAUCGAAACUCCUAAGGAAGCGCAGGACCACAUUUACGUUUACCCGCUGCCUUCAUUGCCUUCUUCUGACUUCUGUUUGAGAAGAUACAGGCCCGUUUGGUACAGAGAAGGCCCCACAGGGUUUCAAUGGUCCGGAGACGUGUUUGGAAUUUGCACCUUCCAAAGCCGAGAAACUGACCCACCCCAGCAAUCAGCAAGUCUGGUUGUAUCCGAGAGCUGUGAGCAGAAAUCCAACAGCUCAAGAGCCGUCUGGGCAAGUCAGGACAUAGACGAUUGGAAGACGAGAUUCGAGACGAUUGCGGGCUGGAUCGAUGAAUGCGAUCGGACCCAUCCAGAUUGUAUCGGAUCUCAAGUUCCAACUCUCCCUACCCGCGUGAUAGAUGUCCAGUGUGCAGCGGACGAAAGUUAUGUGCGUCUUUUCGCUUCAAAUAGCGUUCACAGCAGAUAUGUAGCUCUUUCUCAUUGUUGGGGCUCCACGCCACAUGCGUUGACCACCACAAUGGCUACCAUGAGGGAAAGAGAGCAUCGAAUCGAAGUGGAAGUCCUUCCCAGUACGUACCGGGACGCAGUGGUGGUUGUUCGAAAGCUGGGGUUCCGCUACCUCUGGAUCGAUGCGCUUUGCAUUGUACAGGACGACCCUGCAGACUGCAUCAUCGAAAAUGAUGUCUGUUUUCAUGGAGGACUUUUGUCCACAUUUGUUCCUGCCAUGCGAGGGACAGGGCCGGAUGACGAAAAGAUUGCUGUUCGCAUAGCCCAUUUACAUUCAUUAGGUCGCCAUGAUCUGCUUGACAACAGGGGCUGGACUUUUCAGGAAACGGCUCUCUCACAGCGCAUUAUCAUUUUCACUGAUCGCCUGUUGUACUGGGAGUGUUCUGCUAUCAGUGCUUCAGAGCAUGGCCUUCUCGAUGACACCAAGAGGCCAAAUGCUUGGCGUGUUCAAUCGUUGAGAAACCUACGACCUCAAGUUGCGGACCGAGACCAAUUGUUGCACAUCUGGACGCGACUUGCACGGGAAUACUCUACCCGUAAACUCACCUACGAGAAAGAUAAGAUCCCGGCUUUGGCUGGCUUGACCACAUUCUUUCAGAGCCUGUUGCACGAAGAGGUUGUAGUCGGCCUCUGGCGCAAAAGCAUCGUCGAAGGGUUACUCUGGGAGGUAGCAAACCUCCCACGUCGAUUCGCUUGGAUUCCAGGAAUCCCGUCAUGGUCCUGGCUGUCGGUCACGGCGCCCAUUGAAUAUGAUGAAUAUUUGGCCAUUCCGAUCAAGUGGCAAGGCGCUCUGAUUCCCACAAGCGACCGUGGUUUCUACCACCAUCACCUGGUCGGGUGCCGUCUUCUCAUGAUACCUGCCACUUUCGAACCAGAGCAAGAGAAAGCCGACUCCGAUGAUAUCCCACAUUUCCGCUGGCACAAUGGCCACUUCGGGAUCGAUUAUAAUCCCCAGAUUCGUCAUGUCUAUGCACUCGAAGUGGCGAUCUUGGAAGGCAAAGAAAACGUUGAGAAGCCCGAGCUCGCAUACCAAGACGAGCGCGUGGCUCUUCUGCUUUUGCCUAUUGAUCAGGCAUCAAUGACUUUCCGCAGGAUAGGGGUGCUGGCACCAAAUGAAGGGCCGAAUGAUCUCUUAUGUAAGCUCUUAGAGACGGCAGAAGAGGCCACCGUCACCAUUGUAUGA